UUCAGAUUUAUAAAAACCCUUUCGUUCAAAUCAAAAGCCAAUCCUCAAAGCUAAGAAAUCGACAAAGCUUCCCCACCCAAAGAUAGUUCGUCUUGCAGAAUGGAUGGUUUUCUUUUGAAACGCAAACAUGCGGAUGGUGGCAAUAGGCAUUAUUUAUCUUUAUUUUCUGGGCAAGAAAAUCAUGAAAGUAUAGUGCUUCCCUUCUCUAAAAAUUCUUAUGUCGAUGGUAGUGGUUGUGGUGGGUUAUUGUAUUUUGACAAUUUUAAAGGUAGGAUUAUAAUUUCCAAUCCAACCACCAAAACUUUCAAAUCUCUUGAUCCACCCAAGAUGCCAAACCCUCCAAAUAUAACAAUUUUCAGUGGCAGCGGAUUGGGAUACGACCGUAUAUCGGAUGACUAUAAAGUUGUAAGACUAUUUACUCACUGCCCUGCCAUAUUCUCGCCUCGUGAUUUUCACAACAAAGCUGAGGUAUUUUCACUUAAAAGGGGUUCAUGGAAAGAGAUUAAUAGUCAUGUUGAUGGAUGCACCGGUUUUACAAACUCCAUGAGUGGUAUUUAUAUUAAUGGAGUUUGUUAUUGGUCAGCAAAUGGAUAUACUAUUAUAUCAUUUGAUUUUGCGGAUGAACGUUUCUCCUCUUUCGAUUUACCAGUGAGUAAUCUUUACGAUCACAGAAAUAAUCUUAUCAAAGUUAAUGAUAUGCUGGGUGUGUUUCGCCAGCAGAAACCUCUACAAUUUUCUACCGGUUUUGAGCUUUUGGUAAGAAAAGAAGGCUCAUGGGUUCCUUGGUGUAAUGUUCACCUUUGUGAUAUUGUGAGGCCUCUGCUGUUGAAUGAAGGUCAAUUUUUGUUUCUUGAAAAGCAACUAAAUCUGCGUCACAGUCAAUUAGUCGUUUAUGAUUUGAAAGCAGAGAAGUUGGAGGAGCUAGAUAUAUAUGAUUAUCCAAAACUGAUGACGAUCAUACCUUAUGUUGAAGACAGAUUUCUACUGCGAUGUGCAAAACCAAUGGAGGAUGGAUGCUAUAGUAAGGAUGAGGAGAAGGAGGAGGACAGGGAUAAGUUGUUGGAAUGGAGGAAGAAGAAUGAAGAAGAUAAAGAGGAGGACCAAGAACUAAUUCGUCCCAAAUGCUGAAUAAUGUUGAAGCACUAUGUAAAGAGGAAGAUCAGGGAUUUACUAUCGUCUAUGAAACAUAUAGUCUAGUUUAUUGUUAAUAUAUAAGCAAUCAAUUUAGUCUCCUUUUGGCAUUUUCUUCUUCUAUUUCCACUUUGUGUUGUCGACUUUUCCUUUAGAAUUGAGCUUUGUGAUAAUUGCAGAAUUGAGCUUGUGCCAUUGCUAUAUGUCUUGAGGAA